UCCGCCCGAGCAUUCCCUCGUCCACGCCUCCUUCUUCCCCUUCCCCUUCCACCCAAACCAGCAGAAAAAAUCCGGCGAAUCGAACCUAGGGUUUCACCUCCCUCGCCGCCGAUGAAGGGCGGCCGCCUGCACCGCCCGGAGCCCCCGGCCCCUCACGCGGCCGCGGCCCUGCCCGCGCCCGCGCCCGCCCCCGCCCCCGCGCCCGCCGACGACUGGGUGGACGGCUCCUGGACGGUGGACUGCUCCUGCGGCGUCACCUUCGACGACGGCGAGGAGAUGGUGAGCUGCGACGACUGCAGCGUCUGGGUGCACACGCGGUGCGCGCGCUACGUCCGCGGCGUGCACACCUCCUUCUCCUGCCACAACUGCCGGCACAAGCGCGCCCCCUCCUCCGCCGACGAGACCGAGGUCGCCGAGCUCCUCGCCGAGCUGCCCACCCACCGCCCGCCCCCGCUCUACCGCAGGUGGGCCGAGGUCCCGCUCCCCGCCCGCGUCCACGUCCACGGCCUCCCCGGCGGCGGGGCCGACGCCUCCCUCUUCCGCGGAUCCCCCUCCUCCACCGCCUUCUCCGCCGCCCUCUGGCGCUGCGCCGGCUACGUCCCCAAGAAAUUCGGCUUCCGCUACUGCGAGUUCCCCUCCUGGGCCGAGGACAAGGACAAGAGUGCCGAGGACAAGAGGACCGAGGACAAGGACGGCGCCGACGCUCUUUUCGCGAUGGCCAGGGAGAAGCGGGAGGAGACGGCGCCAGCGCCACCGCCGGCGGCCAGAUUAUCCCUCCCGAUUGGGAAUAAGGGAAACAAGAAAGCUCAAACCCUAAGCAAGAAGGCUGAAGGCAGUCAACAUGCUGGUGCAAAAGAAGUUCCUCCUCGGACAGAUGCUAAGACAAAAGGAGCACCCAAGAUCGCCGCAGAGGCUGAUACACAGGAUAAUGGGUUUGAGUCGAAAGGGGAUCUUAACAUGCCUGAUAUCAGGCACAAGGAUCAGUUUGCCGACAUAACCAUGGCCAAUUCUGAUUUUAAAGUGGUUGGUGAAGCUAAUAAGAAGAUGAAGGAAUCCUUGGAACUGAGUGGGGAGAAGAGGAGUUCUGAGGGAGCUCCAAGGAUGCUGAAAAAGGAAGAACCUAAGGAGUCUAUUAAACUGGAGAUCUCCUCUGGAGGUAGAGCUACAUCAGCUGUGGCAGAACAGGAAGCACACUCACGGUUUGUCAAGGCAGAGGUUAGCAUAUGUAAGAAACAAAUUGAAGGAAGCCAUAAUGUGGACUUACAAUCUGGCAUAAAGAAUGCAGAAAUGGAUGGAGCUACGCGUAGCCAUGGUUCCAUGAAAGUGCACGUGGGUCUUCAGAAACAACCAAAUCAAGCUUCUUCAAAUCUGCAGGUUCCUGCUAGUGUACUAGCUUUGCCGAUUCAGUCAAAAUCAAAGAGUAUUAAGAGAGGGGUUAAUUUUCAGGAUCGUGAGAGAACAAAGGCUACCCAGUUCAUUAAUGAUGAGCAUAGGAGCGACAAUCAAGGUCAAGGGAUUGGUGCAGGUUCUUUGACUGCUCAAAGAAGUUCAGCCAAGUCUAUCUCUGAUUCAGGCUCUGACCUUCUAAAUUCCGUGACAAAAAGUCAGAUGCACACAAUACCUGAGCAAAACUCAGCUUUAGGUGCUCAGAAAGUUUGCACUGCCUCUUCUGGUCCUACACAUUCCCAUGUUGAGAUAUCACACUCUUUAGUUUCAGCAGAACCAUCAUCAGGAGGGAAGACUAGCCGUUUAAUGAAAAAGGAACAGACGAAGUUGGUUACUCCUGCUGAUAGCAAACAUGAUUCUGUAAAGCAUCCUGCAGAGAGUUCCAAGGAAUUUAGUAGGUCCUCUGAGAAAGUUCAACUGAAAGGCUCCCUUUCUUCUGCACCAAAAUCAUCUCAAACAAGCAAAUCAUAUGUGCCUUCAGCCAAACUUAGAGUACCGGUCUCAAAGGAGCAGUCACAAAAGACACCUAUGACUGCUGGCACCACAGCUAGAUCAUUCCAUGGAGAAGUGCCACCAUUGCAUUCUCGUAACAAGGCAAUACCUUCUAAUUUACCCCAGAAAAAAGACAAGACCCAUCACCGCUUUGUUCAUGUCACACAAGAGGGCUCUACUAAUUCAGCAUCAACUGAGUUGCGAGCCUCUGAUGCGACAGCUUCAUUGAGUGAUGAACAGCUUGCGUUGUUAUUACAUCAACAAUUAAAUAGCUCCCCAAGAGUACCAAGGGUGCCACGUGGCCAACAAACAGGUAGCCAGAUGCUACAUCAAACUGGAGCGUCUGUUUUUUCCAAGCGGUCUUCAGCACAUGGAGGAAGGGAUCAAACACCGGUGUUAAAGAAGAGAAACAAAGAUGAUGUCGCAUUGAGAGAUAAUGGCGACAACAAGAGGUCAGGAAAGGUGUCUCUUGUUGAACGAAGGCAUAAAGAUUAUAGCACCGAACGUACUCCUUCUGUGAAGGACUCAUGCAGAUUAGCUGACAAUGCAGAACUGGAAGAGCAAAAUCAUGGUAUGUGUUCAAACGAAGCUACCACUGGGUUAGAAAAGGACGACCGGAUGGAUAGCGGUCUUCCGCGCAGUUUACCUGGAUUCAUUGAUGAAAUCAUCAGUAGCAACAGAAAUAUAACAUAUGACGAACUGUGUGAUGCUAUCGGUGAGCAUUGGAGGGAUUUAGUUAAACCCAAAGGAGAAGAUUAUUCAUAUUCCAGCUUUUUACAUGCUGUCGAUGAUUGUCUCAGGACAAAGAGCGAGUGGGCUCACCUUGUUUACCAGGCUCCAAAGACGAAUCCGAAUAAACGACGUAAGGUGGAAAGCGACCCUUCAUUGGCCGAUGUAAUGGAAACAGAGAAGACAAGAAACCAGGCUGAAAGAUAUCCGGGAGAAGAGGGUAGUUCCGAGUCGCAACAAGGUGUGCCAAGGGGCAAAAGGAAGGGUCGGAAACGCUCCCGUCAUGAAAUGAAAUCCUCGAGUUCCAAGAAGAGGAGGAAGAUAUCGAACAUGGAUUCAUCCUCGGAGGAUGCUGCUCCCCCUUUGUCUAAUUCCAGCAGCAACCCCAUGGUUGAUGAGAGCCAAGAAGAUGAUUCUUCUGGCGGUGAUAGGCAACCUAACUUUGCAGGUUCAUAGGAUGUCCUGCUGAUGCAGUGCUGUUCGCAAUGACAUUAGACUGGAAGGGGACCAGCUGUUUUCCUUUCUGGCCCUCGAAUGCAGUAAAAGUUUGUUGGGAGCAUUUCCUUUAACCGGAGUUCAGGUUUGUAGCAGGCAACGAACUGUCAGGUUUGAUGCCCAACAAGCCGCGCUCAUGUAACAGUAGUGUAAUCUAGAGUAACCAUUUCUUUCCCAGCAGAGUAGAGUAUGUUUUUUGGUUGGCAUGCUUGAGCUAGUAUGUUGAGUGUGCAUUUUGUAGCUCUGUAUGAGCAUAUGCCCUAGUGCAGUAAAGCAGGCAGUCUGUAUAUCAAGUCCUCGAGAAAGCAUUUUGAUGCCUAUUGGUUGCCACCGCCAAGAAGGGCAAAACCAUUGCGAGCUCAAAAACAUUUUUCGUGUUUAGUCGCAAGCCUGUGUAGCAACCAAUCCCCACCGAUAAACAAAACAACUGAAUGUUGUGAUCAUAUUUGCUCUGUGCACAUACAAAUUAAUGUUGUGUUCA